ACUAUUCACUGUGUUGGUGAUUUGAAAAAUGGCAAUGGGGUUGAAACAAGCUGUAUUUGGGCUAUUUUUGGCUUUUGUUGUUGGUUUAUCUGAAGCACAAUGGCAAGGUAGAUCAAUGCAAAGCUUUCUUGUCCAGACCCCAGCCAGGAGUGACUUUGCAAGGCCUUCUCAAGAUCUAUUUGGUGUUCAGUCAAAAGAGCUGAUGAUGGGUCCAGUGGCAAAACUGACAUGGAGCUUUCCAAGACUACCAGAAGAACCACAACAACCAGAUAUUCCUUUUGAGUUGCGUCAUCCUGUCCCUGCCAACAGUGUGGCGGCUCAGUGUGGGGAGACUUCAAUAUAUGUGGAGGUGAUGAAAGACUUCUUUGGGACUGGACAACCGCUGAUGCCCUCUGCUUUUACCCUGGGAGGUUGUGCUGCCACUGGAGAGGAUCCUUCUGUGCAAGUGCUCAUCUUUGAGUCUGAACUGCAUGGAUGUGGAAGCACACCAAAGGUGACUGAAAAUGAGCUUAUCUAUACGUUCUCCUUAAUCUACACUCCACAAGAGGCUUCAUAUGCUGGUCCUAUUAUCCGGAGCAGUGGUGCAGUGGUUCAAAUCGAGUGUCACUAUUCAAGAGUACAUGAUGUGAGCAGCGAUACCUUAAUGCCCACUUGGAUACCAUAUGCCUCCACUAAAGUUGCAGAGGAACUUUUGGUCUUCUCCCUCAAGCUCAUGACCGAUGACUGGAGCUUUGAAAGGCCUUCUAAUCAGUACUACUUGGGUGAAUUCAUCAACUUUGAAGCCUCCGUAAGGACAUACAACCAUGUUCCUUUCCGUGUGUUUGUGGAUGGCUGUGUGGCUACUACAGUCCCUGAUGUCAGUGCUGUCCCCAGAUACUCCUUCAUUGAGAACAAUGGGUGUAUGGUUGAUGCCAAAAUCACAGGCUCCAGUUCUCGCUUCAUGACCCGGACUCAAAGUGAUAAGCUGCAGUUUCAGCUGGAGGCUUUUAGGUUCCAGCAAGUAGACAGUGGACUGAUCUACAUCACAUGCGUUGUGAAGGCGGCUACAGCAGAUACUCCUACUCCAAGUCCUGAACAGAAAGCUUGUUCGUUUUCUGCUAAUGGGUGGGUAUCUGCAGAUGAAUCUGACCAGGUUUGUAGCUGCUGCGACACAACCUGUAGCAUCAGGAGUGGAAGUGAUCCAUUUCUUAAAGAUCUACGGUGGGAGAGAGCCUCUGUUGGGCCUAUCAAUAUUAAGGAAUAUGGCUAUGGCCAAAAUUAACUGAAUAGCUUUGUGCUUCUGUGAAAUUGAGAAUAAAGUUUUUAAAAUGUUCCUAUGA